CGGAAUUCCGAGAUGAGAAUGGCGGAGGUGUUGGAACACAAAGGUAGAUGUUGGAUUACAACAGGAAUUGUUAGAAGCAGUAACAAGAUUUAUUUAUCGAUUGAGGAGACAUUAUAUGUAUUUCAUGCUUAACGAGGGAAGGAACGGGUGUACUUGGGAUUCUUUCCUGGUUUAUAAGCACUUGAAGUCACGUGGAUAUAUUGUUGGUCGUCAUGGUGUUCAGUGGACCUUGAAGAAUGAGAGUUACCCCUCUACUCCUACUUGUGUCGGGGACUCAAAAUACAGCAGUGGAAUAUCAGUUAACGAAUUGGAACAGGGGUUCGAAAUUACUGAUGGUUUCAGAAAUAUGCAAAUGAACAACGCAGCAAAACCAGUUUUUGAUUUGUAUUUACCUAGCAACAAAUUCAAGAAGUCUUCUCCUGGUGUACCUGAUUCCGUAGUAUAUCUAACCACCAGGGGUAAUGAUAGUCCACCACAACUGUCAAAAGAAGAGAUAGAAGAGCUAGAGAUUAGGUGCAAAGGUGUUGCUGUUAAGGACUGUAAUGUUGAUAAAUUGGGUCGGGUCAAAAAAUGUGCGUAUGAAAAGACCGAGGUCCCUCUCUUACCAUGAUCCACCUUACCCUCUCGGCUGACUGAAUGUCGUCUGACUCGGCUCUCUAGAGGCAGAACAGGUUGCCUAUGAACCUCCUUAAGGACGUUGCCGUAUCCCCUGGCAAAGCCAAAGGCAACGUCCAAGUGCUUUGUUAUCGAAAAUUGAGCAAAAGAUUUAAUAUUAUCAA